UGGCCGCCAAUUUCUUCAUUCCUCUUUGGACGCUAAGUUUUCAGUUUACCCUGUGCUUUAACUCUUAAUUACAAUUCUACCAUUUUGCUUAUAUGAUCCCUGUUGGUCACCGGAAAAUCAAGACUAGCCUCCAUCUCCUAUUCCUUCACUACUUCAGGGUAGAAUUAAGCUUAUUGUUGAUUUGUAGAUGUACUUCAUGUAACGAAGUUAUUUGCAAGUAAUUACUGUUGUUUAACUAUGAUGUCAUCUCCGAGAAUGGGUUGAAGGUGUUGGUAACAAAGCUAUUUGUAAGCAAUUACUGUUAUUAAACUAUGAUGCCAUCUCCAAGAACUCACCACCGGAGAGGUAGUAACGACGACAAGAAUCCAACGAAAAUUAGGUUAUCGGAGAAAUCCAAGUCGUUUCACGGACAGACCUCAGGUAGCAGCAGUAAGCCUGAGUUGUUACGAAGGCCGAAGACGGUGCCGGACUUGCUUGCCGGACGUAAAAGUGACUCGACGGCAGUGAACAUCAGGCCGAUGAAGAUGAUGAAGUUGCUGGUGAAUGUAACGAUUCAAAGAAGUGUUGGACCUGUACAGGUAUUAAUAUCGUUGGAAUCAACGGUGGUGGAUUUAAUUGCUGCUGCUUUGCAGCAGUAUUCGAAAGAAGGAAGAAGGCCAGUGCUUUCAUCUAUUGAUGCUGCUGAUUAUGACCUUCAUUACUCGCAAUUCAGCUUAGAAAGUUUGAAGAGGGAAGAGAAGCUCAAUGCUUCGGGGUCAAGAAACUUUUUUAUGUGCCCAAGAAAUGGUGGCCCAACGACAUCGUCUUCAAGCUGUGGAAAACAAGCUGAUACAUCUACCAAGAUACCUUUGCCAUGGCUCAAAUUCAUGGAUUUCUUGAUGUGAAACCAAUUAAUUUACAGCUUUGCAACUUAGUAAUAUUUUAUUUUAAUGAUAUUCUAAGUUUCGCUCGACCGUUUCUUAGGUUAAUUAUAGGCUGUUGACGGUCACAGAGCCAUUGUUUAUUAGUACUAGUAUUUU